AUGUAAUUCUCAAAAAUAUUAAAGCAUUGUUUCAGCUUUGAAACUAGAAGUAUCAUCAUAUAUUACAUUAGAAAUAAAUUGUGAAAAACCUGUGAUUUUAAAAGCAUUCACUGUUUGGAAUGAAAAUCUAAUGUUUUCAAUGACACCUAUUAAAGCUACUUAUGUAGAGAAAAAUAAUUAUUUUGCAAUUUAAAAACCUGGUUGGAUACUUUUUGAAUUAGUACCAGUAAUUCGUUAAAAGGAAGGUAAUCAUCACUUAGAAUGGGAUAAAAAGAAACAUUAUAGUUUAGGUGUUAAAUAGAUUGGAUAAUUAUUGGUCACAAAAAAUAAAGCAUAUGAUGAAGCUUCCAAUUUCCUUAUUAGUAUUCCUUAAAUUAUUACAAAUAAGCAUAUCAAGCAUAAGCAAAUGAAAAGAAAAUUUUAAAGAUAAAUAAAAUUGCAUAGGAGAUUUAUCUAUCAAUUUCAUAAGAGGAAGAAUAAGAAAAAUAAUUCAAUCCAUUUAAGAUUACUCUAACUUAAGCAGAAUAUAUAACAGCAUUUGAAUUAAUUAAUGUAAUAUAUAUAAUUUUUUAAUUUUAGUUUUCAUUACCUUUUUUAUUAGGAUGGGAUGCAUUAUAUACUCCAUAAUAUUCGGAUAAUGAUGCUUAAGAUUGA